UACCAAAAACAAAACCAAAAACUUUAACUAAAACCAAAAACUAAUAAGAACUUUAACAAAAUUAACUAAAACUAAGCAGCAGCAGAACUAAAAUAUUGUCUAUUAGUAGUUUUUAAUGGUAAAUUUUAAAUGCAACUUUUAAACGAGCUUCAGCGCAGACGAAUUGCAAAACAACCAACAUUCACCUUAACCUUAAACUUGGAAUAAACAAUCGACAAAAAAACACACACGAAAAAAAUUUGGACGACGACGCCGACGCCACCUGCGACUGCGACAGCGACAGCGACAGCGACCUUGUCGUGCAUUUGCAUUUAGCUAUUUGGGCUAUUGCACAAUAGAGGGCGCCACACGCUAACUGCUGGCCGUCAUGACAGGAAGUGAGUGGGCAGAAAAAUGCAGGAAAUGAGCUACCUGCAGGAUAAUUCCAAAUUGGAGGCACUCACCAAAGCCGUACUCAUCUCCAUACUGGGCGUGGCAAUUGUAUUAUCCAAUUUGCUAAUCAUUGCCACCUAUGCGAACUUCAAGGGUCCCACAGAGGUCAUCAACUACUAUCUGCUCUCAUUGGCUAUUGCGGAUCUGCUAUGCGGCCUACUCGUCGUGCCCUUCUCAGUCUAUCCCGCUCUAACGGGCGAAUGGAUGUAUGGAGAUAUCGUAUGCCGGUUCACCGGCUAUCUGGAGGUGACACUGUGGGCCGUAUCGGUCUACACGUUCAUGUGGAUCUCGGUGGACCGUUAUUUGGCUGUGCGCAAGCCGCUGCGCUACGAAACGGUGCAAACGAAGACCCGCUGCCAGUGCUGGAUGGUCUUCACGUGGAUAUCGGCAGCGCUGCUGUGCUGCCCGCCGAUACUCGGCUAUUCGCAGCCGAUAGUCAAUAACUUAUCGCACAUCUGCAUGCUCGACUGGGGCAACAUGGCAGCAUACAGCGCAACGCUGGCGAUAUUAGUAUUAGGGCCCAGCUUAAUAUCGAUAGUACACAACUAUGGCUACAUAUUUGUAAUGAUGCGUAAGAUACGAUCGGGCGAGCCGAUACAUGAUAAAGAAUAUGCAACAGCAUUGGCUGAAAAUUUAUCGAACCCUAGUCAUAUGAUGUCAUUCGCAUUAGUCUUUGCAUUCUGGAUGUCCUGGCUGCCAUGGAUAUUAUUGCGACUAUACGAGGUGGUCAUGGGCGAGGUUAUCCAAAAUACUCUUAUUAAUUUCGCUGUCGUCUGGAUUGGCAUAUUGAAUUCGUUUUGGAAAAUUUUGAUCAUGUGCAGCAUGUCGCCCCAAUUUCGCAUCGCACUGAGAGUAUUUUGUUUAACCAUUUGUUGUAAGACUAAGGGCAGAUUGCAAGCGGAGCUAAUCGGGUUGGACCCAGAUGACUAGAGCCGUUAAAUUUUCAAGUAUAAAUUGGUUGUAAAAUGCAUCUCUC